UGCUCUUCUUCUUCUUUCUUCCCGCUGCAGCCACUCGAAAGGAAAAAAAAGGGAAACCCAGCCAUGCCUUUGAGAAACCGGUGAGAUAAGCUUGGUUUUCUCCUUCCUUUCUUGCUCUAGAACACACCUAGAACCCAGAAAUCUUCCCCCCCUGCUGGAAAAGCCGGAUCUGCCCUGCUCUGCUUUGUCCUUUCGCCGGCUGCUCUUGAUUGUGGGUGAUUUCUGGGCAUUUUUUUCGGUAAGAACAGCCCCUAAUUCCUUUGUUCUUGCUUGAAUUGGCUUGGGUUAACUUUGAUUGCUCUUAUUUCCUUCAAUUUUGGGUAGAUCCGUGAGUUUCUUCCUUGCACUGUCGCCGGCUUCUUCCCCCUGCUAGGUCCGGUUCUUGUUGGAAAAUUCUGGAAGUGAAACCGAGGACGAGGAAACCACGGGAAGUGACGAGUUAGAAGGCUAGCCAUAUUGCAAUUGGAUAUAGAUUUUCAAAAUAAAUCAUGAUCUUGUAAGCUAGAGUGUAUUUGGAGAUUUAUGAUCGGAGAAACUUAUAAUUUGAUCGUCAGAUUUUGAUGGUAUCAGAUUGUGGUGUGAUAAGUUCCGAGCCUUGUGCAUUUGUAGGACCCGUCUCACGAGUGCACGGUGUCUGUCGCGUCUCGAAAUUGGGUUUUGGGGCGUGACAGAUAUAUAAAAAUUGUAUAAAAAAAUAAGACAAAAAAAUUAUC